UAAACUCGGUAAAAUUUGGGGAGCGCGAGCAAGCGGGAACUCCACGUAUUUCUUUAUGACCCGACUUGGACUAGGCAUUAACGCAAACACUUAGCAGACACAACAAUGGAAGUUAACCACACCCGAAAGCGCAGAGCAGACGACGCCGUUUCACUCUCCUCCGCCGCAACCUCACCGCCGCCGGCGCUCCGAGGCCAAAACGACAUGGAUAUUGACCUUUCCCUGCUAGAAGCAGUUGAGAAAUCGCAAAGUUCGGUAGAGAUUCUUGACCUCCGCACCUUGAAGAAGCUGGUGCUCUCCUUCGAACGCCGCCUCAAGGAAAAUAUCGCCGCGCGUCUCAAGUACCCGGAACAGCCGGAGAAGUUUGCCGAUUCCGAGGUUGACCUCCAUGAGGAGCUCCAGAAGCUCAAGAUCCUAGCCGGUGGACCGGAGCUGUACCCGGAGCUCGUUGGCCUUAACGUCAUUCCUUCCAUCGUCAAUCUCCUCUCUCACGAUAACUCUGAUAUUGCAAUUGACGUUGUCCAGCUCCUGCAGGACCUCACCGACGAAGAUGUCCUCGAUGAAAAUGACGACGCUGCGCGUAUUCUGGUUGACGCGCUCGUUGAGAAUAAUGUUCUCGAGUUACUGGUUCAGAACUUGCAUAGGUUAUCUGAAGCGGAUACGGAAGAGAUGGCGGCUGUGUACAGCACGUUGGCUACUAUCGAGAAUUUGAUGGAGGUGAAGCUGGCCGUUGCUGAACUGGUUUGUGAAAGGACCAAGCUUCUGCGAUGGCUGCUGAGCAAGAUAAAGGUCAGAGAGUUUGAUGGAAACAAGCAGUAUGCGUCGGAGAUUUUGGCCAUUUUGUUGCAGAAUAGCACGGCUAAUCAGAAGAGAGUAGGGCAGAUGAAUGGCGUGGACGUGGUUCUGCAAGCGGUGGCUAUGUACAAAUCCAAGGACCCCAAGGUCGCCGACGAGGAAGAGAUGGUUGAGAAUUUGUUUGAUUGCUUGUGCUGUUUGUUGAUGCCUUUAGAGAACAAGGAGAGAUUUGUCAAGGCCGAGGGUGUUGAGUUAAUGAUUAUCAUUAUGAAGCAGAAGAAGUCCGCUUAUGGUUCUGCCAUUAGGGCCCUUGAUUUUGCUAUGACUAAGUACCCGCCUGCUUGCGAGCGCUUUGUGGACGUUUUGGGUCUCAAAACUGCAUUUGCUGCUUUCAUGGAUUCCCAUGAACAAGAAGAAUAAGAAAGAGAGAUACCAAGAGGAGUUGGAAGAACGGCUUGUGUCCUUGGUUGCGUCUUUAUUUGGUAAGCAGGCAAGUGGAAUAUUUAGGG